UUUUUGUUUGCUUAAACCACAACGCAGGCAGGUGCAGGGGCUGGAUGUAGGAAAGCAGCAGAGAGGACUAUUUUCCUUCCUUCAGGGUUGGACUAUAGCGACAAAACCUUCUUUUUUAUGGAUCCUUUCUUAUCGCAUCUUUUGUCAAAAUUUAUAGUUUAGAGGUUAAACGAAAGACAGCUGGCUCUCGUGACUUUAAGUGUGUAACGUUAAUGAAUUAAUGAAACUGACAGACCAUGAACCCCGCCUAUUUAAGACGCUUUCGACACUGUUUGGUUCAUAUUCCUGAAUAAGGUGUUCAUAGAAAACGCUGAAAUAGGAAUAUUUUGAGAAAUGGCUACUCAUGGAUGUACAUAAGAGGUUUAUAAUACUAACCUCGGAGAAAAGGGAGCUAUAAGCGCUACUCGAUAAAGAGGAGUCGUGUUUGAGGAUUUGGGAAACGGGCUUUUAUUUAUGUUUAUACAAAUAUCUUUGCCACUGGAAUGGAGGACGGCUUGGCGUCAGAAGACGAUAUUUUGCUGCUCUCCGAGAAGGUGUUUCACAAUGCUGCAAAAAGGAAUGACACAGGAAAGAUGCUGGAGCUUAUUAGGAAAGGGGUAGACAUCAAAGCUAAAAAUAAAGUAGACAGGAAGGCAUUGCACUGGGCUGCAGGUGCAGGUAGUGAAGAUGCUCUGCGUCUGCUGCUGGAGCAUGACACUGAGCUGGAUGAUGCAGACAGUUUUGGAAUGAGUGCACUGCUGUUGGCAGCAUGGUUUGGUCACCUUAAAAUAUUGAAGAUCCUUGUCUCAUCUGGUGCAAAACUCAACUGUGUAAACAAAAAUGGGCUGAAUCUUCUGCACUGUGCUGCGCAACGAGGUCAUAUUCAUAUUCUCGAGUACAUCAUGGAGGAUCUGGAGGAUGUAAGACUUGACAGAGUUGACAAGUCAGGUAAGACAGCAUUUCACCUGGCAGCAGAACAUGGACAGUUGGAGGUGACGGAGUAUCUUAUUGGCAUGGGCUGCGCUCACAACCUCAAGGACAAGGAGGACAACACUGCACUCCAUCUGGCAACAAAACAUGGCCAUGCAGCAGUGCUACAGAAGAUUCUGGAAACUGGGGAGAACAUCAACGAGAGGAAUAUUGAUGGUCUGACCGCUUUACACUUGUCUGUGGAUGGAGGGCAUUAUGACUGUGUCAGGAUGCUGCUUGAGGCUCACUGCAAUGUCAAUGAACUCACAAAUAGGAAUAUGACGGCUCUUCACUUGGCAGCCCAGCAUGGAUUUGAAAGAGAGGUCAGGCUGCUUGUAGAGGCUGGAGUAAGUGUGGACUCAGUGGACACUAAUCAUUCCACGGCACUCCACUUGGCAGUGUUCAACAACUACACCGAGAUUGUUAAAAUACUCAUUGAUGCCGAAUGCGACCUAGAUGUUUUUGAUGAGCGACUUCAGACAGCCCUGCACAUAGCAGCAGAACACGGACGCCAAAACAUAGCUGAACUGAUCCUCAUUGCUGGGGUCAACCUCAAACUUCUCGACAAGCAGGGAAAGACAUCACUGGACGUUGCGGCCAGAAGCAAUCAUGUGAACGUGGUCGACAUGAUUAUCAAAGCAGAUAGAUUUUACAAAUGGGAACAGGACAAUGUGAACUGCUCGUCGCUAGUGGCAAGGAAUGUGACAUUCAAACAAGACCACCAGCAGGAGACACAGCACAUUCGCUCCGUCUUAUGGAAAUUAGCCACCAAAUAUCUGAAAGCUGGGGAGUGGAAGACACUGGCGCAACACUGGCACUUCACAGACGCACACAUUCGAGCCAUAGAACAUGAGUGGACAGGUACUAAAAGCUAUAAGGACCAUGGCCAUCGCAUGCUACUGAUCUGGCUGCAUGGUGUGCUGAUUGCUGGAGAAAACCCCAUUAAAAGUUUGUACGAAGGGCUGAUGGGAAUCUCAAGGAUGGAUCUGGCAGAGAGCAUGCGACAGCAGGCCAACGCAGACCCCAGCACUCCUAAGAAGUGUGCAACAAUGUGAAACAGUGUUGUCUCGAAACACAAUGAGGAAAUGAAGUUAACAGCAAUAUAGCUCAAAGAUGAAAUAUUCCUCAACAACACACUGAUGCAGAUGUCCGUUUUGAAGGGCUACUACAGUACCAUCUGUUGAUUCCUGUGACGGUGAAGAGCAGUUUUAUGCAAAUACAUAGAAUGCUGUGAAAUUCUUCAGUUGCAGGUCUGAUGUUCCCCAGUUCAAUAAGACUAUCUUUUAGGUCCUAUUUACAUUUAUUUUCUAUGAAAUUAGCUUUCAAUGAAAAUGGGCUCAGAUUAAGGAAGAGAGUAAUGAAAGCUGUAUAUCUAUCAGAGAGCUAUAGCUGGACAAUAGGUAGGAAUAUUUCUUGCUCAAAAAAUUUGCAAACCAACGAAGGUACCAUGGUAAUAAAUUUUGCAUUUAGUUUAAAAUGUCAGACUGUACAACAGUAGCUAUUGUAUAACAUCACAAAUAAAAACAAUAGCUACGUAGUAAAGUAUUAGAGAUGAACUGAACCAGCAUCCGCAACUUUUAACCUUUAAUUUGUUGUGAAUCCAGGGUUAAGAGGCUACAGUUACAAACACUGUGUUACUUAUGUUUCAACAAGAAAAAAGUUAUAACUGAAUCUGUUUUUAUGCGUUGCAUUACCGGUAUACUGUCAUUCAAAUGUUAUCCUUAAAAUCAGUGACUCGCACCGCACUCUUUGCCCGUGCCGUCUCCUGAGCUGAGCUAGGUUCGGCUAGUGGGUUUUACUAAUUAAGGAGUCUAAUGAUUGAACAAUCGAGGAGAAACUUUUUGGAAAAUGGAGAUAAAUAUCCAACAAAGGAGACUAGUUUGUCAGUGUUUGCUGCCUCUACUGCAAAAAUCACUUUCUUCUCUAGGUCUUAUUCAGUGUUCACUAAUUCCUGCCAAAAAUAUGAUGAUUUUCAUUUCCAUUGCAUACAUGUAAAAAUCUUAAUUAAAAUAGUGCUUUGUUUUUUGUAAAUACAUUCACUGUUUACACUUGCAUGGCUUUAAUCACAUAUUUAUAUCACAUGUUGUAGCAUGAAAAGCAUCAUGGCUUUUAAUAAACUCUAGCUUUUAACUGUGACUUAAAACAUGUUUUAAAAAGCUGUUGAUGCAUAUACACUAUAUUGCCAGAAGUUUUGGGACACCCCUUCAAAUCAUUGAAUUCAUGGGUCGGGCUCGGCGAGCCAGGCUUCCUCGUCCAACAUCAGUGCCUGACCUCACAAAUGUGCUUCUAGAGGAAUGGUCAAAAAUUUCCAUAAACACAGUCCUAAACCUUGUGGAAAGCCUUCCCAGAAAAGUUGAAGCUGUUGUAGCUGCACAGGGCAGGUCAACUCCAUAUUACAUUCAUGUGCAUGCAAAGGCAGACAUCCCUGGCUCACAAUCUCCACUCUAAUUCAUCCCAAAGGUGUUCUGUGGGGUUGAGGUCAGGACUCUGUGCAGGUCAGUUAAGUUCCUCCACACCAAACUCACUCAUCCAUGUCUUUAUGGACCUUGCUUUGUGCACUGGUGCGAAGUCAUGUUGGAACAGGAAGGGGUCAUCCCCACAAAUUUGGGAGCAUGAAAUUGUCCAAAAUGUCUUGGUAUGCUGAAGAAUUAAGAGUUCCUCUCACUAGAACUAAGGGGCCAAGCCCUGAACUCAGUGAUUUGGAGGGGUGUCCUAAAACGUUUGGCAAUAUAGUGUUCAUGCAUACAUAGAAUGGUUUCAUUGCUUAAAUGUGUUUAAUUAGCUCUUUAAGGCUACAAUCAGGAUAUUUUGGGAAGAUCUCAUCCUUAAUCUAUCACAUACGUCGUAUGUAAGGUUCGGUUAUGUUUAAUCCCAAACAGAUUCAAUUAUAGUGUUUAUAUUUCUAUAAAUAUCUCUCUUGUUAAAUCAUGUUUAAUACUCAGGUAACAAUUUAGCUCUUAAGAUGUCCUGAUU